AUGGCUCCUGAGAAAGAAGUAAACAAUGGAGUGGAGUGGAGGAUAAAAGUGGCCGAUGGCUCAUCACAGACUUUGGUUCCGGAGGCAAAGCCUGCAGCCUGCAGCAAUUUCUUGUUUGGUGAUCUAAAACUUUUUAUUGUGGGUUUGGCUUUUAAAGUGUGCAAGUUUUCUCAGAAAGCGUGGGACUUAGGUGUAGAAGAUCCCAGAAAAGUGAUCCAUUGUCUAAAAGUGGGGAUGGCACUCACCGUUGUCUCGCUAUUUUACUAUACGAGGCCUCUGUACGAAGGUGUUGGAGGAAAUGCUAUGUGGGCAAUCCUGACUGUCGUGGUUGUGUUUGAGAACACUGUGGGUGCAACACUUUAUAAAUGUUUGAACAGAGUGUUCGGGACCUGUCUUGCUGGAUUUCUUGCAAUUGGUGUUCAUUGGGUUGCUAGUCAAUCGGGAGAGAGAUUUGAACCUGUAAUUGUUGGAGUCUCAGUUUUCCUACUAGCUUCUGCAGCGACCUUCUCAAGAUUCAUUCCUUCGGUGAAAGCCCGGUUUGAUUAUGGUGCCUUGAUCUUCAUCCUUACCUUUAGCCUUGUUUCAGUAUCAGGUUAUCGGGUGGAUAGAUUGUUUGAUCUGGCACAUCAAAGAAUGUCCACAAUCAUUAUUGGCACUUCAUUGUGCAUUAUCGUAAGCAUGCUGGUUUGCCCCAUUUGGGCUGGUCAAGAGCUCUAUACUCUAAUAACUCGUAACAUGGACAAGCUUUCUGAUUCCCUAGGUGCUUGUGUAUCCGAAUACUUUCAAGAUGGUGGCUGCAGCCUUGCUGAUGGUAAUGAUUAUGAUAAGGAAUGUCAGAAGAAACUGCAAGGUUAUAAAUGUGUUCUAAGUUCGAAGGCAGCAGAAGAAUCUAUGGCUAAUCUUGCUAGAUGGGAGCCACCCCAUGGCCGCUUCUACUUUCGGCAUCCAUGGAGACAGUACAUCAAAAUUGGGGCAUCAAUGCGAAGCUGUGCCUAUUGCAUAGAGGCUCUCAAUGGUUGCAUCAAUUCGGAAAAUCAGGCCCCAGAGUAUAUAAAGAAGCAUAUCAGCAAAAAUUCUUUGAAAGUAAGCACCAACUCUUCAAGUGUCAUAAGAGAGCUAGCAAUGACUAUCAAGACCAUGAAGAAAUCCUCUAACAUCCAUUACUUGGUUGGAGACUUGAACAGCGCAGUUCAAGAGCUCCAAACUGACUUAAAAUCCCUUCCUGAGUUAUUCAGUCCCCCAUCAAACAUGGAAGCUGAAAUUCCAGAAAACAAGAAAAUAGAGGCAGCCUCAGUAACAGUAGUGGCCACAAUGCCACUGAUGGAGAUUAUUCCACUGGUAACACAAGCUUCUUUAUUGAUUGAAAUUGCCGCACGGAUCAGUGACAUCGUCGAGGCUGUUGAAGAGCUGUCAAACUUGUCUGAAUUCUCGCCUGCAGGCAAUGGCAAGUGCCCAAAAAUUCAGCCGAGUAACCAUUUUUUACCAAGCGGUCAUGAACAGAAAGAUACGGAAACCAUGAACACGAUUCAACGGAUCUGA